CUGAUAGCCUUAAUGAGACUGACACAAAAGCAUUGCAGUCAGUGCAAAAACGCGCUUGCAACGAAACGGUUUUGCGACAAGAACAAAUCCAUUAGUUUAUCGAGUAACCCGAACAACAUUUCAAAUCACUUAAAUUAAGUCGUAAAGGAUUUGGUUUGACAAUAAAAUUGCCUGUGGAAGAGUGACAUCGACGCGUUUAUUCGAGAUGCGCUUACUUCCGUCGGUGGCGUUGCUGCUGUUGGCGGUCGCGUUAACCACUGCGGUACCGCUGCCUGUCAAGGAUAAGGACGAAUCCAAUUCUCUUUCAGUAGAAGAAGUUGGUGCGCCUGACGCAAGCUCGGACGAGACACUAGAAGACACAAAGUUACUUGAAAAGCGUUCCGCUGACGCCAUACCCGACGUAGACUUGUGCAAACACCACAAGCACAAUAAAGACAGUAAUGAAUUUGGUAGUGAAGAUGCUUACGAGCGUUAUUAUCAACUCGAAAAAUCAUAUAAUAGUGAACUUCGAAGGAAGCGUCAGAAAGUUGACAAGAAAGACUCAUCACAAGAGGAUUCCUCCGAGUUGGAAGGCAGUGAUUUGCUAGCACAAGAAUUACGUAGAAAGCGAAAAUCUGACGAUAGUUCAUCUGAAGAAGAUUCAUCUGAGGAGAAAGGUAGGCCAGGUGCACCUGGGGCGAGUGAAGGUGAAGGAGGCAAAGGCUCAGAUGGAGCGCGCAGAAAACGAAAAUCUGACGAUAUUUCAUCAGAAGAAGAUUCAUCUAAAGAUUCAUUAGAAGAGGAAUCGACUACAAAUACCACUUCAUCAGAAGAAGAAUCGACCACAAAUUCUAUUUCAUCAGAAGAAGAUUCAUCCGAGGAAGAAGUCAAGCCAGGUGGUGGCGACGGCCAUGGUAAAAAGAGAUCAGGUGGACCGCGUAGAAAACGCAAAACUGACGAUAGUUCAUCAGAAGAAGAUUCAUCUGAGGAGAAAGGCAAAAAAGGUGGACCUGGGGUGAGCAAUGGCGAAGGAGAAAAGGGAUCAGAUGGAGCGCGUCGUAAACGCAAAGCGGACGAUAGCUCAUCAGAAGAAGAUUCAUCCGAGGAGAAAGGCAAAGCAGGAGCACCGGGUGCAAGCGGUGGCGAAGGUGCAAAAGGUUCAGACGGAGCUCGUAGGAAACGAAAAGCUGAUGAUAGUUCAUCAGAAGAAGACUCAUCCGAGGAGAAAGGUAAAGCAGGUGCACCAGGUGCAAGCGGUGGUGAAGGUGCCAAAGGUUCAGAAGGAGCACGUCGUAAACGUGAAGUUAAUGAUAGCUUUUCCUUAGAAAAUUCAACUAAAGAUUCAUCAGAAGAAGAUUCGACUACGGACACCACUUCAUCAGAAGAAGAAUCGACCACAAAUUCCAUUUCAUCAGAAGAAGAUUUAUCCGAGGAGAAAGUCAAGCCAGGUGGUGGCGACGGCCAUGGUAAAAAAGGAUCAGGUGGACCGCGUAGAAAACGCAAAACUGACGAUAGUUCAUCAGAAGAAGAUUCAUCUGAGGAGAAAGGCAAAAAAGGUGGACCUGGGGUGAGCAAUGGCGAAGGAGAAAAGGGAUCAGAUGGAGCGCGUCGUAAACGCAAAACUAACGAUAGUUCUUCAGAAGAAGAUUCAUCCGAGGAGAAAGGCAAAGCAGGAGCACCGGGUGCAAGCGGUGGUGAAGGUGCCAAAGGUUCAGACGGAGCUCGUCGAAAACGCGAAGUUGAUGAUAACUUGUCAGUAGAAGAUUCGACUAAAGAUUCAUCAGAGGAAGAUACGACUACAGACACCACUUCAUCAGAAGAAGAAUCGACCACAAAUUCCAUUUCAUCAGAAGAAGACUCAUCCGAGGAGAAAGUCAAGCCAGGUGCGGUCGACGGUCAUGGUAAAAAAGAAUCUGGACCGCGCAGAAAACGCAAAACUGACGAUAGUUCAUCAGAAGAAGAUUCAUCCGAGGAGAAAGGCAAAGCAGGUGCACCGGGUGCAAGCGGUGGUGAAGGCGCCAAAGGUUCAGAUGGAGAGCGAAGGAAACGAAAAGCUGACGACAGCUCAUCAGAAGAAGAUUCAUCAGAAGAAAAAGCUAAGGCAAAAGGUAGUGGAGCAAACAAGCUGGACAUCCGGCGUUUAAAACGAAAAGGAGACAUAAGACUUGCACCGAAGAGCAAUGAAGAUUUGAACGACGUGCUUAACUUUAGUUUAAACUCCGAUGAAAACAGAGAGUCUAAUGAAGUAUUGGAAUUUAAAAAGGAUUCCUCCCUGGAAGAUUACGUGCAGGGAUGUGAGGUAAUGGAUGCAGAUUCGGAUGAAGCCAACGAAACGACCUACAUUGAAGAUAGACGUAAACGAUCAUUAGAGAGUGUAGAGAAAACUGAAAGCAGCAAAGCAUCAGGAGAGAGUUCCAAACAAAGUGCAGAAGACAAUACGAGUGAAGAAAACGAUGCCGUAGCUGAUAGUGCAGACGAAUCCCAACAAAAUUCGAACGAACGCCCAAAUGGUAAACAAGUUAUUCCUAAAACCGAAUCUGAAGAAAGCGAGGAAGAUGACUAGGUUUUCGCCGUGAUGUCUUAAACUACUUAGGAGCGAGCCACUGUAGAUGCCCAAAUGAUGUACUGCGCUUUAAUAAUAAUAUACAACAAUUUGAUGCUGUAUUUUUUAAGUUUCGUGUUAUUGUGUCUUUAAAUAAUAAAUUAUGUACAUACAUUCUUAAA